AUGCAUCGAUUGCAUCCUGUGUCUUGUUCUUUUCAGUUCAACCAGUCAGUGAGCAAUGAACUAAAUAUUGGGGUAGGAACCUCUUUCUGCCUCUGUACUGAUGGGCAGCUUCAUGUCAGGCAAAUCCUGCACCCCGAGGCUUCCAAGAAGAAUGUAUUGCUGCCUGAAUGCUUCUAUUCCUUUUUUGAUCUUCGAAAAGAAUUCAAGAAGUGUUGCCCUGGCUCACCUGAUAUUGAUAAACUGGAUGUUGCUGCAAUGACAGAGUGUUUAAACUUUGAGAAGAAUAGUUCUGUCUCCCGGUAUGGAGCCUCUCAAGUUGAGGAUAUGGGGAAUAUAAUUUUAGCAAUGGUUUCAGAGCCUUAUAAUCACAGGUUUUCAGAUCCAGAGAGAGUAAAUUACAAAUUUGAAAGUGGCACUUGGGCAGAUGCUGUUUACAGAGCCACUGGCGAGGACUUUCUUAAAAUUGCUGGUGGUACAUCCAAUGAGGUAGCCCAGUUUCUCUCCAAGGAAAAUCAAGUCAUUGUCCGCAUGCGGGGGCUCCCAUUCACGGCCACAGCCGAUGAAGUGGUGGCCUUCUUUGGGCAGCACUGCCCCAUCACGGGGGGCAAGGAGGGCAUCCUCUUUGUCACCUACCCAGACGGUAGGCCCACAGGGGAUGCUUUCGUGCUCUUUGCCUGCGAGGAGUAUGCACAGAACGCACUGAGGAAGCAUAAGGACUUGCUGGGUAAAAGAUACAUUGAGCUCUUCAGGAGCACAGCGGCUGAAGUUCAGCAGGUGCUGAAUCGAUUCUCCUCGGCUCCUCCUCUCAUUCCACUUCCAACCCCCCCCAUUAUUCCAGUACUACCUCAGCAGUUUGUGCCCCCUACAAAUGUUAGAGACUGUAUACGCCUUCGCGGUCUUCCCUAUGCGGCCACAAUUGAGGACAUCCUGGACUUUCUAGGGGAGUUUUCCACAGAUAUCCGAACUCACGGGGUUCACAUGGUAUUGAAUCACCAGGGCCGCCCAUCAGGAGAUGCCUUUAUCCAGAUGAAGUCUGCGGACAGAGCAUUUAUGGCUGCACAGAAGUGUCAUAAAAAAACCAUGAAGGACAGAUAUGUUGAAGUCUUUCAGUGUUCAGCUGAGGAGAUGAACUUUGUGUUAAUGGGGGGCACUUUAAAUCGAAAUGGCUUAUCCCCACCGCCAUGUAAGUUACCAUGCCUGUCUCCUCCUUCCUACACAUUUCCAGCUCCUGCAGCGGUGAUUCCUACUGAAGCUGCCAUUUAUCAGCCCUCUCUGCUUUUGAACCCCCGGGCUCUGCAGCCCUCCACAGCCUACUACCCGGCAGGCACGCAGCUCUUCAUGAACUACACCGCGUACUACCCCAGCCCCCCAGGUUCGCCCAAUAAUCUUGGCUACUUCCCUUCAGCUGCUAAUCUUAGCAGUGUCCCACCUCAGCCUGGCACGGUGGUCAGAAUGCAGGGCCUGGCCUACAAUACUGGAGUUAAGGAAAUUCUUAACUUCUUCCAAGGUUACCAGUGUUUGAAAGAUGUAUGGUGAUCCUGAAACCAUCAGACACCAAGUCAUCUUCUAGCAACUUCAGGGGAAGUUUGUCUACACUCAGGCUGCAGUAUUUUCAGCAAACGUGAUUGGACAGGGGGCCUGAGCCCUCUCUUUUGGUGGAGUGGAAAAUUUGAGCCAGCGAAGCCAAAUCCUAUAGCAAGAAGCAUGUCUGGCUCCUUGCUGAUUGCAUUUAAAAUGUGAAUUGGAAAUUGGAUGUCUCCAUUACUUCCAGCCAAUGUGGCAUCAUGGGUUUUUCUUAAGUUUUAUGUCUUGGAGAAAAAAAUACUCCGCUUAUGUCUACUAUCUCCACCAAGAACUCUGUUCUGGAAACUUCAUUUUUGUGUGUUCCCGCUCCUCUCUCUCCACCUCCCUACUUUCUACACAAUCAUACCCUCUUACUAAGUAAUUCAAGAGUAAGGUCUUGGAAUACUUAAAUCACAGACUUUAGAAAUAAAAUUAAUAUUUUUCUCA